UGGUGAGUUUAAAGUGAAAUUUGGCUUUAGCUUCCCCACUGUCUCUUCCCAUAAACCUCUCCUAAACCCUUCCAAUCCAAUCACCAAACCACCAUGAAUUCGUACAACACCAACACCCCAAACUUCGACAACCUUCUUCUCCAAUCCCUAAUGAACAGACUCCAAAUUAACCCUCCAAAUCCACCUUCCAAACAGUCCCUUGAAGAUCUCCUUUUCAACACUCUCCCUUUCGACGACGACGACGACGAUGACGAUAACAACAACGACGACAACUCCUCGAAAUCCGAGCUGGAAAAAGAAGAAUCUCGUGUCGAAAAAGAAAUAAUCCGAACAAUCCUAACUGGAAAAAUUGAGUCCCUUAAACCCAAUUCGGGUCAAGCUGUUUCAAUUGGUGAACACCAUAUAUGUGUUGGGUUUCAUGAGGAUACGGGUUCGGAUUAUCGGGUUUGGGAAUGGCAUGGUCAUGUUAUGCUUUUUGAUGAGGAAAAUGGGUAUACGCCUGAGUAUAUAUAUGGGAAUUACUUUGAAAGAGUUAAUACUAAGCUCAUGAAGAAGAAAGAAGAGGAAAAGGAAGAACAGGAGAUUGAAAAAGAUGAAGAAGAAGAAGAAGAGAAAAGUGGGAAUUUGGGGUUGAGAGAGUUGAUUGAAUCGGGAGAAUCGAAUAACGAGGGUCGGAUACUUAGGAGGAAUAUGAAUGCUGGCGCUAAAAGGGUCUAGAUGUUUGCUGUUUACUCUAAAAGAAAACAACUUGGGGUUCCUGCAUAUUUUCCCUUGGCUGCAUGGAGAUUUUUUACAUUUCCUUUUCCAAGCUACUUGGUGUUCAGACAGCAUAUUUGCAAAUUAUGAUCUUGCGUGGUCUGAUAAAUAGCAUUGCAAAGCAAAAUAAGAGCUUCUAGCAGCUGAGAAUAUAGUUCCUACUUUCCUUUUAUCCCCUCUUCGUUCUCAAUUUCUUAAAAUUUUCAAUAAGACUCGAGAUAGAAACAUUUGAGUUGUUUGGUUUGUAUCAUCUGGCUGAAAUACUCUUCUAACGAAACAUUCGUCUAAUUGUCCCGCUGAUAAACUCACUGUUGAUGUAUGCUGUAUCCUAUAUUGUCUUGGAUUUUCCGAAAAUAUUAUUGCACUCGUGUCAGAUUGUUCAAAAA